AUGAAGAUCACCUCAGCAGACAGGAUGGAAGACUGUGUACAUUUGGUCUGCGAGUCCCUCGGCCUGCUGGAGGAUGAUGUGGUUGGCAGUGAUAUGAUAUGUUCACUUUACAAUAGCAUCUUCCUCAUCUCCACCAGUCAGGAGGAUACACAGAGAGCCAUUUCACAGGUGAAAGGUGAGACUGGAGGGUCUUCAUGUUCAGCCAGAAGUGUUCUGCAUGUUCUCUUAGUGAUGGAGAGGCAACGUGAAAAAAGAGAAGCGUUGUAUUGGGAUCUUCAAAUGUUGAAAGCUGGCAGAAUCGACACCUCACUUAAACACAACAAACAAUCACCAACAAUCAACUACAGACCCAAACAAAAGGAGGAGGACGCAGAUGAGUUGAACAUCCUGUGUCUUCAGAACAAAGCCAAGAGACUUUACAUCAGGCUUGUUCUCGACGGAGUUUGGACUCUCCUACCAUCUCUAUCCCGAAGUAAUAUUGUCACUGUGGGCAGCGUGUGUCCCAACAAUUUGGACAUCCUGCAACUGCUGCACUGUAAAUAUGACAUCAUCAAAGAGCGACUGUACAGAGAGAUGCUACAGGAUGAGUACGGGAUGAUUUGGUGGGACUCUAUGCCAGCGUGGCAACAGACCGAGUGUGUGUGUGAAUUGGGGGCAUCUGUUGAACAAGCUUACAGACACAAGGAUUGGCUCAAAAUCUGUGGGCUGCCCGGGGCCCUCCGGUGCUACAGAAGCUGUGCUUCAGUGGCCCUGAGGGGUUUCACUGAGAGUCUUAAGCCCAGAGAUCAAGCUUGGUCAUCUAAACCGAAAGAACAGGCUUGGUCUGCUGUUAUCUUCCUGUCUGAGCUGGAAUCCAUGUAUGAAGAAGAGAAGGAUUCGCUCACAACUCUCAUUCACAGACUGGGGCAGGAAGCUUUACAUGUCAUAUAUCUUACCUUGUGCGUCGCUGUUCGGAGAGCCGAAAGAGAAAAUCAAUCCCACGCGGCGCUGCUGGUCGCCAGACAACACUGGCACAGAUGGCCCUUUAUGAGAGGCUCUGUCAGUCAGGAUUUGGCUCGGAUUUGGCUACAGGAAAAUCCAGAUCCCAAUGUAAAAAAAGAGCAGGGCUGGAAAACAGCAAGCUGUACACAACAGGCUGUGCUGCAGUUGCUGGUUCUGUGUCAGGAGCAGGAAAGGAAACGAUUGGUGGAGAUUUUGCACAGGGUUUCCUUAAGCGAACUCGAAGGACCGAAAAGCAACAACAUGGUCCAGGGAAAUGCAGAUUGUGUUUCCAGACUGCAGCAGAUUAAAGUCUCACUGCAGGAAGCACAGGGUUCAAAUACUGAACCGCCGGCACCAGGGUUUUCUGGGACAGACGUCUCAUGGGCUGAAUGUGCAAUGCAUUUAUUAACCCAGCUUAUACUCGCACAUGAAGAUGAGACCUGGAGCGUUUUAUACUCGCUACAAGAUCUGGAACCUGCAGGCCUUUUAGCUGUUCUGCACAAAUAUGAGACAGAACUACACAGACCCAGUUUCUACAACCUGUGUGAUGUUUUACAGUCACGUGCACCCGCCAAGUCCACCGGCAGGCCAAACGCAGAGAGACAGGAGGCUGAAUAUGUGCAAGAAGGAUCACUAGAACAAGAACUCUGCACUGGAUGUGGCAUGGCUUUAGACCCUGACGACGCUCCAUAUUUGGAGAUCAUUUGUGUUAGAGACCCAAGAGAUGAGGCGAGAACAAUGGAGAGGAGUGAUGGAGAGAGAGAGAAAACAGAGAGAGACAUCGAGAGCAAAGAAAACAAGGAAGAGAUUUCAGUAGAGAAACAAAACUCUCUGAUCACUCUUGCCUGGAGCAAACCAAUGCACGGAGACGAUCAGAUUCAGGAAGUGACCUCCGUUGUACGGGAAGAAGCAGAAGCAACUACAAAACUUAGGGAGGAAAGACCAGCUAGCACACAUCAAGACCAUACAAAAAUACCUAACACAACUACACAACAUGAAGUGAACAUGAACACACCUCAGGAAAGCAUAAACUUUGCUGAAGAAACACCGACUCAAAUCCCACACGACCAUCCAGCCUUCAAUGUUGAUGGACACCAAGAGGAAGGUUUGUACAGACUAGAAUCUCCCAGUGACGACCGACAACCCAUCACAACACUACCCAUACAAACCACUGACACAACAGACACCAGCACCCCACCUGUAAGCACACAGUACCCGGAUCACAAACAAACACACGUGUGUGAUGCCGCUGAGAUGGAGUCAUCCCAAGAGGAGCAGAAGUGGGAGGAGGAGACGAUUGAGAGAGGAGGUGAGGAGCAGCAACUACAGCGGGAGGCCACAAUGCAGUGCCUAGUGAACAUCCAGAGGAGAGCAGAGAGACGCUGGCAGCGAGACAGAGACAGACAACUACUGAGAGUUCAAGAGCGAUUGGCAAUCGUGCAGAGUCGGAAGGCCGAUGAGGAUCUGUUGGGUCUGACUCAGGAAGACUCGCUCAGGCAUCUUACUGAUACACUACGACAGGAGGACGAGCAACAACAGAAAACUUUAGUCAAAGAGAAACUCGAGCAGAUGAGGAGAGAGCGCUCAUGUAUUCUCCAGACCAGACGAGAAAGAAACACCGCUGGCUUUAAAGAGCUCAUUGCACCAACCGCUCAACGCAUGGCAGAGACUGAAGAAAUGCAUUAAUACUCAAAUCUAAUGACAAAUCACACAGAUAUAGACAUCACAGAGCACACACCCCAAACAUUCAUCAACUUUAUU